CCCAGGUCCUGCAGCUCUUGCAGUGCACAGAUACAGAGCAGGUCCUGGUCAGGGUCUCUCUUCUUCUCUCCAGAAUCCCCCUUUAUCCCCGGGGUCUCUCCUUGUCCUGGAGCAUCUCCUCCAGCUCCUCCACCAAGGAUGGACAGGAAGGAGAUCAGCAGAAGAAUAUUAGACCUCACCUUGGAGAUCAUCUCCCUGCUGAGCGGAGAGGAAAUCCCAGUAAGAAGUCUGAGGAAACCUUCAUGUUAUCACUAGAUUAUAAGGAAGAAGAUGAAGAUUCAGGAGGAAACCUCAUCACCUAUAAUGUACAACCAGGACCUGACAGUACAGAUCUGUCAUAUAAUCCUCCAAAUCAUGAGAAACCUUCUCCUGACCAAUCCCAGAUUGUUACCACAAGUCCAGAUCUAUCAUAUAAUCCUCCUAUUCAUGAGGAAACUUCAUGCCAAUCGCAGAUUGUUACCAUAAAUCCUGAUCAGGAAGAAGGUAAAUGGUUUCAAUGUGAGGAAUGUGGAAAACCAUUUACAAAAAGCUCAAAACUUUCUACACACAGGCAAAUUCACACAGGACAGAAGCCAUAUUCAUGUUCAGUAUGUGGGCAGUGCUUUACCUGUAGGUCAGCCCUUUAUCAUUGUGAGAGAAGUCACUCAGGAGACAAGCCAUAUUCGUGUUCACUGUGUGGGAAGUGUUUUACAGGAAAAUCAGAACUUGUUACAGAUCAGCAAAGUCACACAGGAGAGAAGCCAUAUUCAUGUUCAGAAUGUGGGAAGAAUUUUGCGGAAAAAUCACAUCUUGUUAUACUUGAGAGAAUUUUCACAGUAGAUAAGCCAUAUACAUGUUCAGAAUGUGGGAAAUGUUUUGCAAGCAAGUCACAUCUUGUUUCACACGAGAGAAUUCACACAGGAGAGAAACCAUAUUCAUGUCCAGAAUGUGGGAAAUGUUUUACCAAAAAAUCAAAUCUUGUUAUACAUGAGAGAAUUCACACGGGAGAGAACCCCAGGAAAAAACCUUUCAAUGUGCUUGGUGCCAUUAACUCCAAUGAUCUUUGUGUAGACUGGAGCAUGAAACAGCGGUCUUCAUAA